AUGUCCGUGGGAGAGCUCGCGUGCACAUAUGCUUCCUUGAUUCUCCACGACGAUGGAAUCGCUGUCACUGCGGAGAAAAUAGCGACGCUGGUGAAGGCGGCGAAUCUGACGGUGGAGUCAUACUGGCCGAGUCUAUUUGCCAAGCUUUGUGAGAAAAGGGACAUUGAGGAUCUCAUCACGAACGUUGGAUCUGGCGGUGGUGCAGCCGUUGCAGUAUCUGCUCCUGCCGCCGGAUCUUCUGGCGGCGCAGCCGCAGCCGCAGCCACACCCGCCGCUGAGGAGAAGAAGGAAGAACCAAAGGAGGAGAGUGAUGAUGAUAUGGGAUUCAGUUUGUUUGAUUAG